AUGUCGCCUGGCGACAUGGCUGAGGUGCCGUCCCUCGAGGACCGCUCGAAGCUGAGCGUCGCCGGGUGUCCCGUCAGUCCCAAGGGCGGACGCCGGCGCAGUGUCAUCGCAGAACUCGUCAAUCCCGGAGGAGGGGAGAAGGUGCGCACACGUCCUGCGACGCCCCUGGAGGCCAAUCCCAUCUCGCAGUUCUACGAGAUCGGGCGCCAAGUGGCCUCGGCGGGACCCGAACUGAUCUGGAAGAUCUACGACGCUCAGCGCAAGUCCGACAAGCGGGAGGCUUCGGUGUUCGUGUUCGAGAAGCGGGUGGCAGACAAGCUGCACAAGCCGAAGCGGAAAGAGACCAUCACGGAGAUCCUCAGGUUCAGUGUGAGGCAGCUGGACCGCUUCAAGCAUCCCAAAUUGCUCACCCUCUACCACCCCAUCGAGGAGGCCAACGAGACCCUUGCGUUUGCCACUGAACCCGUGCUUGGCAGCCUGGCAAAUAUCCUAAGCUGCCUAGAAGACAGACUGCCCCAGUGCCUGCCACCCGAAGUCCGAGACUACCAGUUUCUCGACAUCGAGAUCAAAUAUGGACUCCUACAGCUUACGGAAGCCCUGUCCUUCCUACACUAUUCCUGCAAACUCAUCCACCGGAACCUGAGUCCGCAGUCCGUGAUCGUCAACAAGCGAGGCACCUGGAAACUCGCUGGCCUCGAGUUCACCGAAAAAUGUAACGAGACGGACCUUCUUAGCCCCGUGAGCUGUCAGCCGUUCACGUCCAAGCUGCCCAAGAUGGGCCAGCCGGACCUAGACUACACGGCCCCAGAAGUGCAGGCGGCUUCUUCCUGUUCCCCGCUCUCAGACAUGUUCUCCCUGGGUCUCAUCAUCUGCUCGCUCUUCAACGGCGGGCGUUCCAUCAUCGAAGGAAACCUCUCCACCACCACCUACAACAAGCAGCUUGAAGUGCUUGAGGGCAGCCUGCACAACAUGCUGGACCGAGUGCCGCACCACCUUCAGGAACCGCUGCAGGGGCUUCUACAGGUGGACCCCAGGCGAAGGCCCAACGCCCAGAACUUCUCCAUGAUUAAGUAUUUUAUGGAUCCUGCCGUACACGGACUUCAGUACCUCGACGUCAUUCAGAUGAAGGACUCCACGCACAAGUCUCACUUCUAUCACAGCCUCAAGACAGCGCUGCCAAACAUACCCAAGAAAUUGUGGUGGCAACAUGUGCUGCCGUCGUUGAAGAUGGAGCUGCAGUCUCCAGAGGUCUUAGCAGCUGCCCUUCAGCCGCUUCUUUUCAUCAUCGAGGAGAGUACUGUGGACGAAUAUCAGAGCAUCAUCUUGCCCAUCUUUAGAAGCGUCUUCGGCAUGCCCAAAUCUGUUCAGGCGACAGUAACGCUACUGGAGAAUUUAGACGUCCUGAUGAAAAAGACACCCAAAACGGACAUCAAGGCGGAUGUUCUCCCAAUGCUGUACAACUCGUUUGACUCAACAACACCACAGAUUCAGUGCGCUGCCAUGCACGCGAUAGCGCAAAUCGCCGACUACCUUGAAGAAAGCGCUGUCCGCAAAAUGGUACUUCCGAGGACAAAGCAAGUCUUUGAAAACAACACGGGUGUGAAGGUCCAGGCCAAUGCUCUAACGUGCAUCGAGAAAAUCAUCGACAAACUUGAAAAAACUGACAUUCUGGACGAAGUUCUACCGAUGCUCGGCAAGGCCAAACUCCAGGACCCGGCUAUUCUGAUGCCAGUCGUUAGGAUAUACAAACACAUGCUAAGCGACAAGCGCUAUGGCCUGACGGUCAACCUUAUAGCUACAAAAGUGAUGCCAGCCCUCAUCCCCGUCGUAGUUAGUCCUGCACUAAAGUUAGAUCAAUUCACAAGUUUGAUAGAGUUGCUCCAAGAAAUGUUGGAACAUGUUUCAAAGAGCCAGCGGAACAAGCUCAAACUUGAAAAGCUGUCGAUACCUUCCACAGACAUCCCAGCAUCGGUGGACGAAGCUCAACACCGAGUCGUGAACCCUCCGGAUAGGCUUCCAGUGCAGAUGCAGUAUACAAUGGAACAGCCAACGGGAUAUCCCCACCGUCCCCCUUCCCUUCGACUCGAGUCCAGGCGAACAUCCAUCAGCAUGGAUGAUGUUGUCCGCAGGACGUGUAGUUCAGCUUCGUCGUCACCAGAUUCCAACUUGCUGCGCGUGCAGGCCACUCUGCCAGGGCGGAGGCACUCGGACAACACGAUCCAGCCCCCACGGAUCCUGGUGGCCCCCUGCUCGCCCGAGGGCACCGUCAGCUACACCCCCGGGGGCCUCCCCAUCCGCAGGCAUUCCAGUGUCGGGACGCAGGACUCGCGUUUUUCGGGAUUCUUCAGUUCGCCCAAAAUGGCGAGCCCCAACCUGGGCGUGGACUUCUUCAGCUCAAGCAGAGCCAACGUGAGGCGGUACUCCGCGGCCGCCGUCUGCGGCGCCGCAGGAAUUCCCAACGCCGCCAAUCAGGCCUCGAGUUUUCUGCAGCAAAUUGGCUCUGGUGUUCAUUUGCCAGUGCCGCCGCCUGCGUCUCCAAGAUCACACUCACCAAGGUCGCUCUCGCCGGGGUCGCUGUCGCCCAGAUCCCUGUCCCCGAGGUCGUCCCCGAGGUCUCCCAGGUCACCUUCCUCUCGGUCGCCCUCCUUGAGGUCGCCGUCGUCCAGGUCGCCGCCCUCGCGGUCGCCUUCUUCGAGGUCGCCGUCGCCACGAGGGCAUACCCGUCGUCUUCUGCCCCAGCCGCGACCGACCGUUAGUAACGCGACCAUAGCGUGA